AUGGAUUUACGGAGCCGGCCCUCGGUGACCUCGCGCCUCUCCUUUGCCGUUAGCAAUGCUGAGCGUGGCGAGUCUGUAGACCUGCCCGCUGUUGCAGCCGACCAGCAGAUCGAAGAGGAAAUCGCCGAGAUCAAGAGAUACGAGGACUUCACAACCAUUGAUUGGGUCCAGGAUGCUGCUCAGGAACGACAGCGCCGGAAAGCGCGCAGGAAGCGCACCGCCGGCCUCUACGACAGCGGCCAGGUCGACUGGAGACACAGGCUCUUUGUCCUGUACGAGGCCGCGCAGGGCUGGAUCGUCAUCACCAUCAUCGGAGCUGCCAUCGGCCUCAACGCAGCCUUCCUGAACAUCAUCACGGAAUGGCUGGCUGACAUCAAGAUGGGAUACUGCACCACUGCAUUCUAUCUCAACGAGAACUUCUGCUGCUGGGGCGAGGACAACGGCUGCCCCGAGUGGCAUCGUUGGACCGGAUUCGAGCCUGUCAACUACCUCGUCUACAUAAUCUUCGGGACCAUGUUUGCCUUUGUCUCCGCCACUCUUGUCAAGUGCUAUGCACCUUAUGCGGCUGGGUCGGGCAUCUCCGAAAUCAAGUGCAUUAUCGCUGGGUUCGUCAUGAAGGGCUUCCUGGGGUUUUGGACGCUUCUGAUCAAGUCCAUCUGUCUCCCCUUGGCCAUUGCCUCAGGCCUGUCCGUUGGCAAGGAGGGGCCCAGUGUCCACUAUGCCGUCUGCACCGGCAACGUCAUCUCGCGUCUGUUCGACAAGUAUAGGCGCAGUCGCUCCAAGACCCGCGAGGUCCUCAGCGCGUGCGCGGCUGCAGGCGUGGCCGUGGCCUUCGGAAGCCCCAUUGGCGGUGUUCUGUUCUCCCUGGAAGAGAUGAGCAGCUACUUCCCACUCAAGACCAUGUGGCGGAGCUAUUUCUGUGCGCUUGUCGCGACAGUCGUGUUGGCCUUCAUGAACCCCUUCAGGACGGGCCAGCUUGUCAUGUUUCAGGUCACCUAUGAUCGGUCGUGGCACUUCUUCGAAACACCAUUUUACAUCCUCAUAGGUGCCAUGGGUGGUCUCUACGGUGCCUUUGUCAUUAAGUGGAAUCUACGUUACCAGGCGUUUCGUAAGAAGUAUCUGGCAAAAUACCCUGUUCUCGAGGCAACUCUCCUGGCGACGGCGACUGCCAUCGUCUGUUACUACAAUGUCUUCCUGAGAAUCGACAUGACAGAAAGCAUGGAGAUUCUCUUCCUUGAAUGCGAAGGGACGGAGGACUAUCAUGGGCUCUGUGAUGCUCCCAACCGCCUCUGGAACAUCGCCUCUUUAUUUUCGGCGACGAUAAUCCGGAUCUUCUUUGUGAUCAUCUCGUACGGUUGCAAGGUACCCGCGGGUAUUUUCGUACCGUCGAUGGCCAUCGGGGCUUCGUUUGGCCGUGCAGUUGGCAUUAUCGUGCAAGCCAUCCACGACGCAAACCCUAACAGCGUUUUCUUUUCGGCCUGCGAACCUGACGUCCCGUGCAUCACGCCAGGUACCUACGCUUUCCUCGGUGCAGCGGCAGCACUAAGUGGCAUCAUGCAUAUCACGGUGUCGGUCGUGGUCAUCAUGUUCGAGCUCACCGGCGCACUUGUCUACAUCUUACCUACGAUGAUUGUCGUUGGCGUCACAAAGGCUGUCAGCGACCUCAUCGGAGGCGGAGGAAUCGCAGAUCGUAUGAUAUGGUUUAGCGGGAUGCCAUUCCUGGACGGCAAGGAAGAGCACAACUUUGGAGUGCCUGUCUCGCACGCCAUGACGACGGAUGUGGUCUCGAUACCAAUGUCCGGGUUGACACUCCAGCAGGUUAAGCAAUUGCUCGCCAACGGAAAGUACCAAGGCUUCCCCGUCAUCGAAAACGAGCACAACAAAAUUAUUGUGGGAUACAUCGGUCGCACCGAGCUGCAAUAUGCCAUCGACCGGCUCAAGAAAGAUCGUUCUUUGAACCCACAGGCGAAGUGCAACUUUGCGUCCUCUAACACUGUGGCGCCCACAACACCAACCGCAACACCAUCUAUCACAGUUCUCGCUGAUCCAAUGUCCUCAACUUCCAUCGACUUCACCCGUUUCGUGGACUUGACCCCCGUGACAGUUCAUCCUCGCCUGCCACUGGAGACGGUUAUGGAGCUAUUCCGCAAGAUCGGACCGCGAGUCAUCCUGGCUGAGCACCACGGUCAACUGAAAGGCCUGUUGACGGUCAAAGACUGUCUCAAAUACCAGUUCAAGGCGGAGGCUUCCGAGAACCCCCGCGAUGACCAACACCUCUUGCAGUCGCAGGAGAAGCUGUGGGGCGUGUUCCAGCAGGUGGCGGGCUGGGUAUCGACCAAGGUGAACAGUGCCUCUGGAGGGCGGAUACGGUUGAGCAGCAGUGCUGACGAAGGGGAUGGCUUCAUCAUGGAUGGGACUGAGCAGCUCGAGGAUGAAGGGGUUGAGUUAGAGAGUAGAGGGUACGAUGAUAGGCGUUAG